UAGGCUUCCAUACGGACAACCCACACUUGAUAAUUUAUUCCAUCAAACACUGGAGGGGCUAGUGCAUUCAGUGAAGCUUCUGAGGUCAUUUUGGAUAUUGUUUGUAGGUUUUUUAGGCUCACUCACCUCACAAGUUACUCAAGAACCUAGCUCUGAUACCAGAUUUGUAGGUUUUGAUAGAAACAGAGUGUGGAAACUCUUUGGAAGCAAUAGAACAUUGAGGAAUCUGAAGUUGUCAAUUUUAUUAAGCUUCAAAGCACUUAUUUAUACAGCUAGCUUAAAACAGAAAAAUAUAAAAAUAGCAACAAACUUGCUACCUAUAGAUAAUUCCUAAAGAAUAGAAACAACCAACAAACUUCCUAAGGAAUAGGUAAAUCUUCCACAUGACUAACUUAUUUGACUACUUCCACUUCAAUCUACUCAGCUCCAUGUCAACAGCUCCUAUGACAUGUCAUUCAACAAGCUCAUAUAUAGAUACAGCGUUGAGAACUUUUGUCAUUUCUGUUGUGGGAGGAUAUCACAUAUGAUGCAGGUUGCAUUUAUGGUUGCAGGUAAGAAAGGCAAACUCAUCAACAAAAUUGAGAGAUGUAGUUAUGAGCUCAGCUGCAGCUCCAGUUUAUUUCCCAUCGCGUAAUUUCAAAGCUGAUGGCAGACUGCACAACCUUGUGGAUGGUGAACUUGCAGCCAACAAUCCUGUAAAUGUUCUUCAUACACAGGCCUUUAUGGGACCAUAUUUUAAAGAUUUGUUGCCAUUUGUAUACACAAUUCAUUCAUCUUUCUUUGUGAAGCUAUCCCUUACUGCGCAGACAUUGCUUGCAAUAAAAGAAGCAGCCCACAUAUUUGGAAACCGAGAUUAUAAUAACUAUCUGAUUGUCUCCCUUGGUUCUUGCUCUGAAGAAGAACAUCACAACUUCAUUGAUUUAAAGGGUCCACUUCCUUGGAUAAUAGACCUGAAGAGAGGAACACCACCCUUGGCCAACGUGCUGUUUAAGACAUCAGCUGACAUGGUAGAUGCAUACACAUUAUUUGUCCUUGGACUUGGAGUUGGAGGCCGGAUUUCUAGUCAGAACUUUCUCCGGAUCCAGGACAAUACAUUGAAGCCUGAGCAGCUCAAAAUGGAUGAUGCAAUAAAGAUAACUUUGAUACCCUGAUUGAUAUCGCUCAAAGACUUCUAGAGAAGCCUUUUCAUUCCCUAGCUUGGUGAUUAAUUGGUCAACAAUUACCAAUGACUACCAACCGGGAUGCUCUCAUGAGAUAAUGAGCUAACAGGAAAGGUGAUUUAUUGCAAAAAGCAUUUGUAGCCUUUCUAACAUUUGAAAACAAUUCUUUUGAUAAAAAUUUCAAGAGUCAAAAAUAUUAAAAGUGUUUCCGGUAGGGUUAUUUGAUUAAAAAGUAAUUGAAAACUCAAUUUUCAAAAUUUAACCCUUCAUCCUUUUUUGACCUCAUUUUAACAAAAAUAUUCAUAUUGUUUUCUUGUAAGAAACAUUUAUAUAAAAAAUAAGUUACUCUUCAAACAAAAGUAUAAGAGGGGAUAAAUUUACAAAUAUGGGAUUAUGUCAUCCCUUUUAACCAAUUAUUUCUUUCUUAUAAUCACCAUCAAAUUGAUUUUUACAAUUAGUUUACGAGUCAUGGUUCACUUUGCUGCAUCUUCAUCUCAUCACCAUUUUUACUACAUAUUGGUUGUGAUUUCUCUCUUGCAACUUUGCUACAAUACUCUCCAGUGAAAAGAAGAGGAGGGUAGUUCUUCGUCCUAUGUCUUUGGCUUUUUAAUGUAUUCAACCAUUUAUUUUAUUU